UAAGAGAUACGGGUUCUGGGGUUUUUCAAAUUGUGAGGGAAUGAUGGAACAGGAGGAGGGCAGUAUCAGAAGGGCUAUUCCCGGAAGACGUCAUGCAAAUUCCGGGAAACGCGAGACGCAUGCAUCUCCACAUAUUCAAUCGUCAAAAGUAGACUCUGUAUCUCAGAAUACCCGUCAAAGUGUCCGAAUAGCGGUGUAUUUGAUGUCAGGUGUAUUUCUAACGAUGGAAAUCGAGAGAAAUGCAACAGCCCAACAAAUUCAGUCAAUCGUACAGACAGAGCCGGAAAUCGGUAUGUCAAGAUUGCCACAGAUAACUGGUGAAACAGUAUUUGCAAUUUGGAUGUGUUCAUCUCAACUGGAGUUACAGUUGAGGCCAAAUCAUAGACCGAUAGAUCUUGCUUCAAAGUGGAGUAAAUUGGUUAAUAAGUACGGUACAAGGGAACAGAGUGACGAGGAGCCGUUACUCUACUUCAGGAGAAAUGUUUUUUUGUCGAGAAGAGACGAGGAGAUGAUCAAGGAUCCCAAAAUGCUUGAGCUGUUGUAUGCUGAAGCAAGGCAUAAUGUUUUAGAAGGAAGGUACCCGUGCGAGGGUCAAGCGAGGUACGCAAGUCUUGGUGCUCUCCAAGCGAGAAUAGAACUGGGUCCCUACAAUCCUCAAACUCACACUUUAGCUUACUUCCGAAAGCAUCGUGCCAGGUUUCUUCCGCAUCACUACACAUCGCCGGGUUUUCUAUUUGGAUUAGGGUUUGGUCUGGGUUUGGUUGGUGGUAAGGGUGCACCAGAGGCGAGAUUACUUGAGCAGUACAAACGAAUACCCAAUCAUUCGGGUACAACACCAAACUCGCGGAAACUAGUGAGAAAGUAUCUAGAGUUUUGUUGGGGAUUACCCUGUUAUGGCUCGGCGUUCUUCCAGGGACAGAUUGAACGUCCUGUUCGGGGAUUGGCUUCCUGGAUCACUAACAGGGACAUGUCGGUAUUGAUUGCCAUCAAUACAACUGGAGUGUACGUCGUUGAUGACGCGCAAUGUAGUCUCUUACUGGGGCUAAAGUAUCCAAAUUUAAGUUGGGAGAUGGCAAAGCCCUCGGACGAAAACAAUCCCGACUGUUUACCAUGUCUAUUCCUCCAAUUUCCAGUUCGUGAGAAUGGAACGAGAGUUUACAAAAUUCUACAAGUGUUCUCCAAGCAAGCAAUAAUGAUGGACACUUUGAUAUCCGGUUUCGCCGAGGAGAGUCGAUUGAACGGAGAAACUGUUGACGCUGCCAAUCAGAAUCGUACCGAAGGCUCUGUGAUAAUGAAUGCUGGUAGUUUUACCAACAAACUUAGUAAAUUCACUCUGGCAACUUUUGACGAUCAAGGUCGCUGCAUCGGACAAAUGGGCUCUUGGUCUUUUCAAUGAUAUUACACCCUAUUUUCCUGUGCACACGUGUUGAUGACCAAAGUUAGAGAUAGUAUUAAUCGUGAUAUUGACAAAAGACUUUUCGCGAGAAUGUAUUUUCAUCGAGAUAAAAAGAAAUAAGGAACAAAUCAGACUGUUGUCUAAUUAAAUUA